AUGGAAGACGAUGGUAGAGAAAGUCCAGACCUUUUUGAAGAUGAAGAGGAAUCCCCCGCUAAUCACAGUGGUAGCGAACAAGAAGAUGAAACUUGUGUUUCUCUAAAUAAGUCCACAGCUGCUGCUACUGCUAGGGAGAUCUCUAGGUCCAAGAGCUUCCAAAGUGCUCCACUAUCUCGAAUCGGUCUCAAUGACAACAAGGCCGGUAUGGAGGGUCUGGACAGGGACAAGAUCAACCAGAUCAUUCUGGAGGCCACGAAAGGCUCAAAGUACUACGAGAACGAGCUACGGAAGGAGAGAGAGAGAGCUGGGGCGCUGAAGGCCACCGACAAGGAGUUGGAGGCACUGGAAGCCACUAGAGACUACAACCACAUCAUAGUCCACGUUGACAUGGACGCGUUUUAUGCCGCGGUGGAAAUGAGGGACGAUCCUCGACUGAAAGAUGUACCAAUGGCGGUUGGUGGGUCAUCUAUGCUGAGCACCUCAAACUAUCUAGCUCGAAGGUACGGAGUACGUGCUGCGAUGCCCGGAUUCAUCGCGAGGAAACUCUGUCCCAACAUCGUAAUCGUUCCCCUCCACCUUGAGAAGUACCGCCAGGCCAGCGAGCAGAUCAGUGGGAUAGGGAAGGUCACGGAGAGCAUGCUCAAUGCUCUGAGUGUGACGACGUGGAGGGACCUCUACCAGCAGCGGGCGGUGCUCCAACUCCUCUUCUCCCAAUCCUCCUCCAGCCACUUCCUGAGAGUCUGUCUCGGCCUAGGCUCCACACACGUCCACAGGACAUUUGCUGAGAUCAGUGAGCCCAGUCAGCUCCAACAGAAAUGUCUCGAGCUGUGUAGGGAGCUGGCCGGCGAUAUGGAGCGUGAUGCCAUCAUGGGACGCACAGUUGGCGUGAUGCUGAAGACAGUUAGCUUCGAGGUAAAGACAAAAACAGUUACUCUACCGCAGCCGGUCUCUUUGGCUGAGCAGCUCCAUAGUGCAGCCAGUGGGCUACUGGAGACAGAGAUCAGAGCCUGUGCCCCUAAUCCCCUUAGACUCAGACUGAUGGGUGUGAGGAUCUCCUCGCUGCAGAGUAGGGAGCAGUCGGAGCAACGAGGUGGGAGCAGUGGUGAGGGGAGAGGAAAACAGGAGACGCUGGAUGUAUUUGUCCAGCAGCAACCA